GCACCGGGAGCGGUAAUGGAGACACAGAGACCGGUAACGAGAUGGAUGAGGACAUCGUGACCGCUAAUGGAGACACCGUGACCGGUAAUGAGAUGGAUGAGAGCACCGGGAGCGGUAAUGGAGACACCGUGACCGGCACGAACGAGGACACCGGGGCCGGUAACGGGGACACCGGGACCGAUCCGGUUUCGGAUCCGGAUGUGGAAACGCUGCCGCGGGGCGGAUUCCGCUGUCGCCUCUGUCAGAUCUCAGUCGCCAAUCCUCCGAGCUUGGCCUCCCACCUCCGGGGCCGGAAGCACGGACGGCUCCGGCUCCUCCGUGCGGAUCGUCGGGCGCAGGAGCAGCGCAGCCUCUUCGUCAGCGGCUUCGCCCGCGGCACCUCCGGAGCGGAGCUCUCCCGUCACUUCGAGGCCUACGGAGCCGUGGCAGCCGUGGUGAUGGAUAAGGAGAAGGGCGCUUACGCCAUCGUAGAACUUCAGGAGCCUUCAGGCCGAGAACGAGCGCUGGCGGAGCCUCAACACCACCUCAACGGCCACCGACUCCGCGUCCGACCUCGCGAGGAGAAGACCUUCGCCUACGGAACGCCGGGACGCGGCCCUCGCCGUGAGCCGCUGGCGUCGCGGAGCCUGGAGACGGCGCUUUGUCAGGCGGCGGAUUGUUUGGAGGGUCUCGAGGUCCUCCUGAGAGUUUGGGGGGGUUCCCUUCAGGCUCUUUUGGAGGAGUUUUGGGGUCUCGAUGUUCUCCUGAGGGUUUUUGAGGAGGUUCUCAGGGCUCUUCCUGGUGGUUUUGGGACCUUUCCAGGGGUUUCUGGUGGUCUUGAGGUUCUUCUGGGCUUUUUGGGGUGGCCCUGCGGGUUUGGGGGUGUCCUGGGGCUCCCCAGAACGCGGGUGACACGUGGGGCGCAGGUGGACGCGCAGAUGGUGAAGGUGGUGGAGCUGCUGGAGCUGAGCGAGGGCGAGCGGCGCCUGCGGCACCUUCUGCUCGCGCUCUUCCAGGAGGUCUUCACUGAGUUCUUUCCCGGCUGCUCCGUCGUUCCUUUCGGCUCCUCCGUCAACGGCUUUGACGCCCACGGCUGUGACCUCGACCUCUUCCUGGACCUGGAACCCACCAAAUCCCUCCACGCUUCCGGCUCCGCCGACGAUUCCAUCCUGGGUGACAUCGACCUGGCGGCGCCUCCGGAGCUUCUGGAAUUGGUGGCCACCGUCCUGCGGCGCUGCGUUCCGGGCGUGCGCCGCGUCCGCGCCGUUCCCACCGCCAGGAGACCCGUGGUCAAGUUCUGCCACAAAGAGUCGGAGCUGGCAGGAGACAUCUCCGUGGACAACAGGUUGGCUCUGCUCAACACCCGCUUCCUCCGGCUCUGCGCGGCGGCGGACGAGCGCGUGCGGCCUUUGGUGUACGCCGUGCGCCUCUGGGCCAAACGCCAGGGCCUGGCGGGGAAUCCGUCGGGAAGCGGCGCUCUCCUCAACAAUUACGCUCUGACGCUCCUCGUCCUCUUCUUCCUGCAGACGCGCACUCCCCCCGUGCUGCCCGGCGUCCACGGCCUGCGCCGCUCCGCAGGGGAUGAGGAUUGCGCCGAAGUCGAGGGAUGGAAUCGUUCCUUCUCCGACGCCGCAUCCGCACCGGAACGCAGCGCCAACACCCAACGGCCCUCGUCGCUCUUGGCUGACUUCUUCCAUACCUUUGGGGAUUUCGAUUUCCCGGGAAUGCUGAUCUCGCUGCGGGAGGGCCGAGCUCUGCCGCUUCCCGCUCUUCCGGAAUCUUUCCGGGAGCUGAAGUUGGGAGCCUUCAACCUCCAGGAUCCCUUCGAGCUGAGCCACAACGUGGCGGCCAACGUCAACGCCAGGACCGCCUCGCGCUUCCAACGCUGCUGCCGCGACGCCGCCAAGUAUUCCCGCAGCCUGCAGUUCCGGCGGAAAUCCGGGAAAGGACGGAUCUGGGGGAUCACGAGGCUUUUCCAGCCGGGAGCUGUGGAGCCAGGAGCGGCCGGAGCCGGUGCUUUCCUCAUCUCAAUCCCUGUGGAUCCCGGCCUUGUUGGCUCCGAGCGUCCCGGUCUUUGCUCCGAGCGUUCCGGCGUUGGCUCCGAGCAUCCCGGUGUUGACUCCGAUCAUCCCAGUGUUGGCUCCGAUCAUCCCGGUGUUGGCUCCGAGCAUCCCGGUGUUGACUCCGAGCAUCCCGGCGUUGGCUCCGAGCAUCCCGGUCUUUGCUCCGAGCAUUCCGGCGUUGGCUCCGAGCAUCCCGGUGUUGACUCCGAUCAUCCCAGUGUUGGCUCCGAUCAUCCCGGUGUUGGCUCCGAGCAUCCCGGUGUUGACUCCGAGCAUCCCGGCGUUGGCUCCGAGCAUCCCGGUCUUUGCUCCGAGCAUCCCGGCGUUGGCUCCGAUCAUCCCGGUGUUGACUCCGAGCGUCCCGGUCUUUGCUCCGAGCAUCCCAGCGUUGGCUCCGAGCAUCCCGGCGUUGGCUCCGAGCAUCCCGGCGUUGGCUCCGAGCGUCCCGGCGUUGGCUCCGAGCAUCCCGGUCUUGGCUCCGAGCAUCCCGGCGUUGGCUCCGAGCAUCCCGGCGUUGGCUCCGAGCAUCCCGGCGUUGGCUCCGAGCGUCCCGGUGUUGACUCCGAGCAUUCCGGCAUUGGCUCCGAGCAUUCCAGUCUUGGCUCCGAGCAUCCCGGUCUUUGCUCCGAGCGUCCCGGCGUUGGCUCCGAGCGUCCCGGCGUUGACUCCGAGCAUCCCGGCGUUGGCUCCGAGCAUCCCGGUCUUUGCUCCGCUCAUCCCGGCGUUGUCUCCGAGCAUUCCGGCGUUUCCCGCAUCCCGUGGUUCCGGAACGCCUGCUCCGCCAUCGCCUUCGUCCUAAAGGAUAUCCUGAAAUGCGUCUUUGCCGGGAAGCCGCCAUCUCCCAGCGAGGAAUCCGUUCUCCUGGAAGACUCGGAAGCAUCCGAGUUACUCCGUACGGAAGCGGAGACUCCUCCGACUCCGGGCUCCAAGCGUUGCCGACCGGAAACUCCAAACACCUCAACGCUUCCAGGUGGGAAAAGACCACGGAUGAGCAUCUCCGAAGAGACGGCAAACUGGGAAUGCGCCGUCUGGCACCGCGUCUGGACGGGACGCCGCCGCUUCCGACGGCAACUCCGGCACCGAACCGGCUCCGACGGCAACGCCAAUCCCUUGGAUCUGGAACAGAAAGUAUCGGAAACCAUUAUCCGUCAGGAAGGCACCGAACGGCCUCCGGAACCGCUGCUCCGCUUCCGAGCCAACGCCCGAUCCGUGCGCCGGGAGACGCGGGUGCUGCUGCGUUUGAUUCCCGCCUCUCCCGGACCGCUUUUCCAGGAGUUUUUCCAUUUCCUACGGAAUUUCUUGCCGGCCGCGGUGCGACAGCGCCUGGAACGGGAUUUGCCGGAGCCGCUGAGGGCCGGGAUGGGAUUUCUCCCUCCUGGGAUUGAUUUGAAGUAAAAGGUUUAUUUUGGAGCCGUUUUCCUUGGAUUUUCCAUGGGGAAAACGCAUCCAGGUGGGAAUUUAGAGGGAAAGAAAAGGAAA